AUGCUUGUGAAGAACCCGGUGGAAUGGCGGUUGUUUCGAAAAAACGUCGAGUCCGCUUGGCAGUGCGAGAUGCUGAGUCCCGGGAGGCCGGUGUUGGGCGACGAAGGGGAUGGUAGUGCUGGUUCUUCUACUACCAUAUCGGGAGGAGCUUUACCCGUGCCACCAGCAGAUGACUCAGAAGAUCCACUGCAUGUUAUCAGUCCGGAGCCCAGCUUGGGGCUGCUCGCGCAGCGGGCGCUGCGGGGUAUGCAAAGUCCGUCGGCGAUGACGACGGAGCAGAUGCUAGCAGAUGCGGAGCUGUUGCCGCGGGGCGAGGAGUUUAAGUUACCAAAUCCAAAUUAUGUCGCGAAUGAGCCGUACUGCCGCGGAGGGGAUAUCAGUGGAGCGAGCGGGUUGGGGAGUAGUGACAUCAACAACUCUAUGGACGAGGCAGACAAAAAAAGUUGGAACUGGCUCCGCAGUUGGCGAGUUGUAGACAUCGGUAGAAGUAGUUCUGCUGAGUCGCUCCGUAUUGAACAUGACUGGCAGGUUAGCACGAACGGGGGUGAUGGUCAGGAUGUUGAUGACAAACCGGUUCUGUGCAAAAUCCCAGCGGCGGGGCGGCGUGCCACGACAUCUUUAACUGACAGCUCCACGGUUUCUGCGAACACAGAGGAAAGUCGAGAGCUGUGCCGAAACGCAUGGAAAUAUGUAAACGAGGUUGAAAAACAGUUGUCAGCACUGGAUGUGAAAAGUGAAAAUGCUGGUGAACAGCAGCAGAAUGCAC